CACUUUUGUCACUUUAUGCGGACCAGCAUCCCGGAGCUGUAGAAUUCGAGGAUGAAGUCGUCAACAGAGAGCUAAGAGCCAGCAUAUCGCCCUUCGUGGCGGACACACCAAUAUCUCCCAGUCAACAUGUUCCAACCGCUCCUCUGCGUCGUGGACUUCCACCAUGCCCGAGGCCCCGAGAUAGAACAUUGGUUCGGCGCGGGCGACAGCGACCCCACAGCCGAGAAUGACUGGCACCUCAUCCCCUACAUGGCCCUGCCAGACGGCGCACACCAGUCUGAAGAGGAGUUCAGCUACUUCAGCCUCGUGCAUAAGGGAAGAGAAGGAGCAGACGUCGAGCCCACAUCCGUCUUCGGCAUUAGCUGUGUGCACCACAUCGAUAGCGCGGAGCUUGUCCAUCGCCCGCCAGAGGUGACGAGGAGUGCGGUGCAAAAGGCCGUGGUGGCUAUUACCGAUAAGCCGCAGUCGUUUAGUGUGUUGCGGGAGAGGCUAAGUGCUGUCACGCGGGCUUGGUUUGCACAGAAGGACUUUCGGGAUUGUGAGAUUCUUGCGCGGUUCCAGGAGAGCUUGCUUCAGGAUGGCGCGAUUGCGGACGAUGAGAGGGAUCAGUAUUUCGGUUUAAGCUUGCGCGAGGUCGUGCAUACAUUCAAAUGGCAGACUCUGGUUCUGUUGAAAGCUUUGCUUCUGCAACCCAAGAUGCUGUUCUUUGGCUCACACUGCGAACGAAUAUGCCAGGUCCAAUUCGCCUUGCUAUCUCUCAUCCCAGGGCUCGUGCGUAGCUUAAGGGACUGUGCUGAUCCACAGAUGGACCGCUAUGCCGAGACACUGAAGCGGCCGGACUCGGUGCGGACCAGCGACCGAGCAUCAUUGCUAGCCUACAUGGGCAUUCCUCUUCAGGUAUUUGGCAAAGGAAGUCUCUUUGGUCCUUAUACACCGUUACAGCAAUUGGAGAUUCUCGCCGAUCUGGGAACGAAAUCAUACGUGGUCGGCAGCACGAACAGUCUACUGCUACAGCAGAAGGACAGAUACUGCGAUGUUCUGGUCAAUCUCGACGAAGAUGUCGUGAACAUUUUAUCACCGACUUUUCGAACAGCAUUACAUCUCUCCACCGCCGAUCGAAGAUGGAUCGACUUCCUCACGCAGGCGGUAAACGACACCUGGGACGACUCCGAUCCCUCUCGAUCCAAAACACACGGCUACGCCGGAAGCGAAGAGUUUAUCCGCCUGCAGUUCGAAGAAUACCUACUCGCCAUGCUAUCCGCAAGCAAAUACCACGCAUACCUCGAAGCAAACAAAGAAGCCGACCCGAAGGCCCGUCUCGCCGAUGUCGAAGGCGACCCCUCCCACGAAUUCUCCCCCGCCUAUCUCGAUGCCUGGCGCGAGACAGAGAACUACCGCCUCUGGAACCGCACAACAGACAGCCAUCUCUUCGACGUCGUUGAACCCCGACACCCGUGCGCCGGCGGCUUGACCAUCGACGACGUGCAGCGUCGCCUAGCCACGCAAGUCGCCGAGCUGCAUCUGGACGAACGCUUUAACCAGACGAAGGAGGUCGUGCACAAGCGUCUCGCGGACGGGAAAGUGCACGUCACUACGGCGUUCAACAAAGUCUGGGCUGAUAUUGAAGUGAUGCGUGAAGCGCAGCGGCGACGAGCGGAUGAUGCUCGAGCUUCUUCUUCUUCUGCUGCUGCUCCGACGGAGAACGGCGCACGCGACAAAACGCAGCAUCAUAGCGGUGCUCCUAUUCUUUCCAAAGUGGAUUUAAAUCAGGCGCAGGCUAGUGUUGCUGCGGCGGGCCAGAAGGCUGGCGCCUAUCUGAGUUCUUGGGGGAACUGGGCGAACGAGAAGAGGAAGACGGCUUGGAAAUCGACUUCUGCUAGUGAAGAGGCGGCGAGAGGCGGGCAUCCGGCCGUCGGGGCGUUUGGGAAGGAAGACUUUGCGCCGCGCAUUAUUCGGUUGACUGAUAAGGCGAAGAACGCCAAAGCCGCGGAGGAAGAGAAGGCUCGGUCUUCCGGAGCAGAGUAAAGUAAUAGAAGCUCGAGCGUUUUCUAGACAAGUUUUCUAGAGGUGUAUGCAUUCACGACGAACCAUUCACA